AUGGACCCAGACACGUGGGUCGGACAUGGACACUACCAACAGCUCAAGCAGGAGCUGGAGAGACGCUUCCCAGGCGCGCUGCAGGUGAGCGGCCAGGGGACGCGGGAGGUGACAGGAUGGUUUGAAGUGACGGUGGGCGGCCGCCUGGUCCACUCUAAGAAGAACGGUGACGGGUUCGUCGACAGUGACGCCAAGCUCCAAAAGAUCAUGGCCGCCAUCAAAACCCGCCUGUCCUAGGCGUCGGGGUCCGCCCCGGCACCCCUAACGAAGCUCCACUGGCGACCGCCUCCCUCGCGUCGGCCGAGCGCUCCAUGACGGGAACCGCUGAAACGUCCACCGGCACUGGGCUGUUUCCAGACACCGCGCAGGAUGUCGGCGCGAGGGCGGCAGGCGGCCGUCGAGCUUCACUUCCCCCCCCACCCCGGCUCCUUUCCCUCUGCACUAACCGCCUUCACCGACGCUCCUAUUUUCAGCCAGGUCGAGCUUGGUUUGGUUUGGGUUUUUAUUUCCCCCCCCGCUGCUAAUCCGCACAGGAAGCUUUCGCCGAGCCUGCCAGGCUGAAAAAUAGGGAAAAAAAGCUUCAAAACCGAAGUUAUUCCAGCAAUUUAAUUCUUUUUCCCUCUCUGCCCAGUGGCAGCUGGACCCCAAACUCCCACCCCAGCGUUCCGGUUGCCUUCUGUAAGUCUCUGGUGGCUCGGUGGCCUUUCUGGAAUA